AUGGCUUACAACGCUAUCUACGGCCGGCCAUUGCUAAAUGCAGCUGGCGCGGUCCCAUCGACAUACCAGCAAAUUAUGAAGUUCCCAACCAGCAGGGGGAUCGGGAGCGUGCGAGGAGACCAGCAUGCCUCAAGAAAAUGCUAUGUGGAUAGUAUACAAGCCAAAAGCCCACCAUCAGUCAUGAUGCUGGAUGUAGAACUCCCGAGGGAGCGGAUCGAGCCACUUGAUAUGAUUGAAAAAAUCUUUAUUAACGAAGGAAAGGAGUUUCUUGUUGGAACAGGUCUAGGAUCCGAAGAGAAGGAAAAAUUGGCGAAGUGUCUAGCCGAAAAUUUGGAUGUCUUCGCCUGGAACCCAAAUGAUAUCCCGGGGAUUAGCUCAACUGUCGCACAGCACCGCCUCGGUGUCCAGCCAGGGGCUAAGCCAGUGAAGCAGAAAAAGAGAAACCUUGCCCCUGAGAGGCAGGCUGCGGCCAGAGCAGAGGUGGAAAAAUUGCUACAGGCGGGUUUCAUCCGAGAGGUCCAAUACCCCGAGUGGUUGGCAAAUGUUGUACUUGUGAAGAAGUCAAAUGGAAAAUGGCGCAUGUGUGUAGACUAUACUGGGUUGAACAAGGUAUGCCCAAAAGACUCAUACCCACUUCCCAGAAUAGAUCAACUGGUGGACGCAACGUCGGGUCAUGAAAGGCUCAGCUUUCUAGAUGCGUUUUCGGGGUAUCAUCAAAUUUCAAUGGCCGAGGCUGAUCAAGAGAAGACGUCAUUUAUCACGGACUUCGGCACGUACUGUUACACAGCCAUGCCAUUUGGCUUGAAAAACGCAGGAGUGACGUAUCAGAGGAUGGUGAACAAAGUCUUUCGUGGGCUAAUAGGGGAUGUCGUAGAAGUCUAUGUUGACGAUAUGGUGGUCAAGAGUGCCAGAGCCAAUGACCAUGUGGCCUAUUUGCAAAAAGUGUUUGACGUUGCCCGACAAAGCAGAUUAAGGUUCAAUCCAGAGAAGUGUGUUUUUGGUACCGCAGGUGGAAAAUUUCUAGGUUUCAUGAUCACGCAAAGGGGCAUCGAAGUGAACCCGGACAAAAUUCGGGCAAUCCUAGAAAUGAAAAGCCCCACCAGCAGGAAGAUAGUUCAGAGGCUGACGGGGCGGGUAGCGGCCUUAAAUCGUUUCAUGAGCCGGGCGGCGGACAAAUGCUACCACUUCUUCAAAGCCAUAGGGGGCUCCUCCAAUUUUGAGUGGACCCAGGAAUGCGAAGAGUCUCUUAGGAACUUGAAGCAGUCAUUACAAGAGCCCCCGGUCUUGACCAGCCCAUCUCCUGGGGACGUGUUGUGUCUCUACUUGGCAGUAUCACCAAAGGCAGUCAGCGCGGUCCUGGUGAAAGAGUUCUCGAAGGCGCAGAAACCAGUCUACUAUGUGAGCCAAGUAUUGGGGGGUGCAGAAAUAAGAUACAGCCUGACUGAACAACUGGUGUUUGCAUUAAUUGUCGCAGUCAGGAAAUUGAGGCCUUACUUUCAGUCUCACACGGUGCAAGUAAUGACUGACCAACCUAUCAAGCAGAUUCUACAUCGGCCCGAGACCUCUGGGAGGCUGUUAAAAUGGGCCAUUGAGUUAAGCGAGUUUGAUAUCGAAUUCAGGCCAAGGACAGCUAUUAAGGCACAGGCUUUAGCAGACUUCAUCGUUGAGCUCACCACCCCGCCCGAGCUCCCACCAGGGGAGCAGGCAGAUUGGAAAAUUUUUGUCGAUGGAUCUUCAAAUGACGAAGGAUCCAGGGCGGGGAUCAUAAUGAUAGGUCCGAAUGAAGAAGAGUUGGAAUACUCACUGCACUUUGAAUUCCCAGCAACAAAUAACGAGGCCGAGUACGAAGCGGUAAUCACGGGUUUGGGAUUGGCAGCCAGACUCGGGGUCACCUCAGUGGAAGUUUGCAGUGACUCUCAGUUGAUAAUCGGGCAAGUGACGGGGGAAUUCGAAGCAAAGGACGGAAAGAUGGCUGCAUAUUUAAUGGAGGUCAAAAACUUGCAGAGGGGGUUCACUAAGUUUAAGAUAACUAAGAUCCCUCGAAAGGACAAUGAGCGAGCGGACGCGCUGGCUAAGCUCGCAUCAGCCAACCCCAGACGACUGCCUCGCACAGCCAGUGUGCAAAUUCUGCGACAACCUAGCAUCCAACAUGUAAUCGAUGUUAUGAAUGUGGAAAAUGAGGAAAGUUGGAUAGACCCACUGUUUGAGUAUCUCACAAAGAAUAAAUUGCCGGAGGAUGCUCUCACGGCCAAAAGGCUAAAAGUUCGGGCAGCCUCGUUUGCCAUCAUCGAUGGGCAACUCUACAAGCGAGGCUUCACAAUGCCAUAUUUGAAGUGUUUGCGACCGACAGAAGCACAGGAGACAAGAUUAGAAAAAGAAAAAGGACUUUGGGCUGAGGAGUUGCCCAAUGUACUGUGGGCAUAUCACACUACCCCCCGAGAGUCGACCGGGGAGACGCCAUUCAAACUGGCCUUUGGGAUGGAAGUCGUGGUUCCGGUUGAGAUCUUAAGCGAGACAGGAAGGAUGAAAGUCAAGCAACCCGACGACGCAGCAACUAGGGGAGAGCUCGACCUCCUCGAGGGGGUAAGGGACAAGGUGGCGAUAAGAAUGAUGGCUUAUAAACGAAGAGCUGCUGAGUACUUCAACCGGAAAGUAAAGCCAAGGGUCUUCCUGCCAGGAGAUCUCGUUCUAAGAGAUGCAGCAGCGGCAGGACACCCCCCACCAAAGCUUGGUCCAAACUGGGAAGGCCCGUACGAAGUGAUUCGCAGGCUGGGAAAGGGAGCUUACAGCUUGAAAGAUAUAAAAGGAAGGCCGCUAGGUAGACCAUGGAAUGCGGAACACCACAAAAAGUAUUACCAGUAG